UGAUGCAGAUGCUGGUGUUGGUCAAAAUGUACAGAACGUCAGGUUUUAUUUAUAAACAAAAUAAGUAUUAUAAAUAAUUUGUAAAAACUGUAAAAUGAUGAUUGUAAAUAAAUAAUUUAUAAUUAUAAUUAAAUUAACCAGCAGCGAUGAUUGAAGUCAUUGGAAAGUUAUUAAAAGGGCCAGUAUAUUUUUCAGGUGAGGUUAUUGAAUGUUAUGUUACAUUUAGUAACCCACUUAAUCCAAAUCAUCAAAAAUCCCAGAGCCACAGUGAUGUCUUUGAAGGAUUGGCUUGGGCGAGUGCUCAACUCCACUGUCAGUGUUCAGCUAAUGACAAAAUUGUUAUAACUGAUAAAAUAAUUUCAAACCGUACAUCAGCAAUAAAUGCUGAUACUGCAUUCGUACCAUGGCAAAAAGACAAUGGCCAUGCUGUGGUAAAUACAAAACCCAAGAUUUUAUUUUGUGACUUAAGAUUAUCACCUGGAGAAAGCAAAACAUAUAUUUAUAGAGAAACAAUUCCAAGUGACGCGCCACCUUCUUAUCGUGGUCAAGCAGUUAAAUAUUCUUAUAAAAUAACCGUUGGUACUCAACGAGUUAAUUCACCAAUUAAAUUGCUCAGAAUUCCUUUCAGAGUCUUAUCUCUAAGUGAGUUACCAGAAGUCGCAAUAUGCAAUGACAGCGUUGAUCUGAGUCCCAACAACCCGUUUAUGGAAACCCAAGAGCGCGAGAACCCGCUGGAAAUGUCACUGCAAACUCUACAAAAUUUAACAGCCCGCCGAAGUCCGAAUUUUUACAACAUCACCAACGGACGCGGACGAGUUGUACGGUUUUGUUUGUUCAAAAACUCUUAUAAACUAGGCGAGGACAUCGUCGGGACCUUUGAUUUCUCCAACGCAACGGUAUCCUGCGUCCAAGUUUCAGUUGCCCUCCAGUCCGAGGAACUCGUCGCCGACGAGUACAAACGCGGCAAGGGAAAUAACUCGCGUAUGAGUUACAAUAAACAUCACGAAGUUUGUCUAGGGUUAAAAUACUCGCAACUGGUGCUGCCGAUUCCGCUGCACGUUACCCCGGAUUUUUUUACGGACUUGGUGACACUUAAGUGGCGACUGCACUUUGAAUUUGUGACGACGACGAAAGUAAUUGACAUGCCGAUGGCGAAUACAAUUGAUUGGCAGGCACCGUCGAGUCUUGAUGUCGAAACGAUGGUUUGGGAUCUUCCUCUUCAUAUUUAUCCGUCAAUUACUCCGUCGAGUGCGUCAACACAACAGACCAAAUACAAUAUUGUUAUAUAAUAUAAAAUAUUAAUAUUAAAUAUUUAAUAGAUCGCUGUUAUGAAAAAUCAAAAAUACUAAAUAAAAAA